AUAAAUGGCGGCACCGCGCGAUUCCGGAAGAGUCCGAUUGUCCUUUCGCAGGGGUGGAAGUCUCCAGGCAGCGAGGACCGACGCCUUCCGUGUGCCAUCUGCGCUGUCAGGACGCGGGGGCAUCUGUCCCGCUGGCGCCCGGGGCUGCGUGGGGUCGGCGGGCCGCGCUCAGGGCUUGUCAGCGUCUCUGCAGACCCCUGGUCAUGCCACAUCAGCUAGGCUGCAGUAUUCAAAUGAUACCACAGCUGGCUUCUUCCCAGCAGCUCUGCUCAGAGCUUGCAUUCACCCACCCAGCUUCCAGCCCCUGAGGAAAUCAGAUCUGCCAGCAAGAGAGACCACCCAGCUUCCAGCCCCUGAGGAAAUCAGAUCUGCCAGCAAGAGAGACCGAGAGUGGAAACCAGAGAGGACAUGCCUGCUGACAUGAGCUUCUGCCUGAAGCCCCAGGGCCUGGGAGCAGAGGAGCAGAAUGGGCGUUGUGAGAGAUUGGUAUCGUUUGAAGAUGUGACCAUGGACUUCAGCUGGGAGGAGUGGCAGCAGCUGGACCCUGUCCAGAGACGCCUGUACCAGGAGGUGAUGCUGGAGAUCUACAGCCACCUCUUGUCAGUGGGGUAUCUCAUUCCCAGCCCAGAGGUCAUCUUCAGGAUGAAGAAAGGAAAGGAGGCACUGAUAGAGCAGGCUGAAUUGCCACAUCAGAGGUAUUGGUGUCAAGAAGGGGAAUCAGAGCUUGACACCCUCCCACAGGAAGUUUCUGAGAAAGCUUCAAUUCAAAAGGACGUGGCAAGUGAAGUCACAAGAGAUGGUUCCUGGUGUUCCAUUUUAGAACUGUGGCAGGAUGCUGACCUUACACAGAGAGACCAGGAAAACCUGAUCCCAUGCUGGAGACCUGGUGCUUUCCUCAGCAUGAAAACACUGAGCACAAAAGGGGGCUGGAAAUGUAAUGAGCCAGAGAAAGUCAUUCCUUUGGGGCCCCACCUCAUUUCUACACAAAAGGGAUCUACAAAAUGUUGGUCACCUUCAAAAUGUUUGAAACCUAGCUUAGAAGCAAACGGCAGAAAUCAAAGCAAUGUUACAAAACAGCCUCGUGACCUUGUUACUUCUGGUCAACUUUUCACACAUGGACCUUCUAAUACCAACUGUGUGAUUACCCAUAAAGGAGGAGAAUCAUACAAAGGUAAUGAGUUUGGAAAAGUUAACUGUAAACAACCACUUAAGCAGCAUGAAAAUCAUUGUUCUCAGGGGAAACUAGGGGAAUGUACUGAAUGUGGGAAGGUCUUCACUGGCGGGUCUGCUUUUCUUAAGCAUCAGCUGAUCCCCACCAGGGAGAGACCUUUUGUCUGUCACAAAUGUGGGAUGGAUUUUCUCCAGAAAUCUGAGUUGAAAACCCAUCAAAGAACUCACAGAAGGGAAAAGAAGCAUUAUGAGUGUCCUGACUGUGGGAAAUCCUUCACGCGUAUAUCCCAUCUGCAGUUACAUAAUAGAAUCCACACUGGGGAGAAGCCUUAUGAAUGUCCUGACUGUGGGAAAUGGUUCCGUCGCACAUCCCACCUGCAGGUGCAUCAUCGGAUUCACACUGGGGAGAAGCCCUACAAAUGCCGUGACUGUGAGAAAUCGUUCAGUAAUAGAACCCACCUGAAGGUGCAUCAUCGGAUUCACACUGGGGAGAGACCUUAUGUGUGUUCUGAAUGCGGGAAGGCCUUCAACCAGAAGUCAAUCCUCAGCACGCACCAGAGAAUUCACACAGGGCAGAAACCCUACAAAUGCAAUGACUGUGGGAAAGCCUUUUCUGCCAAGGCCCAACUCCAAGUGCACGAGCGAAUUCACACAGGCGAGAAACCUUACAUUUGCACUGAAUGUGGGAAGGCCUUCAGUGCCAGGUCAGGCUUCCAUACACAUAAGAUAACUCACACUCGGGAGAGACCUUUUGUUUGUCAAAAAUGUGGGAAGUCCUUCCUCCUGAGGUCAGAGCUGACAUCCCAUCAACGAAUUCACAAUGGAGAAAAGCCUUUUGAAUGCCAUGACUGUGGGAAAUCCUUCAGCAAAACAUCCCAACUGAAGGUGCAUCAUAGAAUUCACACAGGAGAGAGACCUUAUGUGUGUUCUGAAUGUGGGAAGACCUUCAGCUGGAAAUUAUCCUUCAAUCUACACAUGAAAAUUCACACUGGAGAAAAACACCAUAUAUGCAGUGAGUGUGGGAAAGCCUUCAGUCAGAAGUCAGUACUUAUAACACACCAGAGGAUUCACACUGGGGAGAAGCCGUACAAAUGCAGUGACUGUGGGAAAGCCUUGAUUUCUAAGGGCCAACUCCAAGAUCACCAGCGAGUUCACACGGGUGAGAAACCAUAUGUGUGCAGUAAGUGUGGGAAGGCCUUCAGUAGCAGGUCAUCUUUGCAUAGGCAUCAGGUAACACACUAGGGAGAAACCAUUUGCCACAAAUGUGGAAGUCAGCAUUGGUGUCAGCAGCCUCACAUUAGAGAGAAGUCUUAGGAAUGCUAUGACUGGGAAACUGUCACACAUAGCAGCUGGAGGUGCCCCACCAUGCACAUGAGGAGAAAUGUUACCAGUGCAGCCACUGUGAGUCAACAGUGUAUCCCAGCUAAAGGUGCGUCAUCAGAUUUGUUUCAUGUAGAGACCUAAUGUGUAUUCUGAAUUUGGAAGACAGCUAUGCUGAACACUAUAAUACCACAAACGCACUGCUAUUUUGAAUUUAGGAAGACCUUUUGCCAGAGAUUUCACAUAGGAGAGUUGACUGACAAAUGUAGUGGCCACAGAAAAUUCUUCAGUCACACAUCCCAGCUGAAAGGGGAUCAGCAAAUUUACACAACCGAGAAACCCUAUGUGUGCACUGGAUGUGGAAAGGUCUUCUAAGCAAAAAUUAAUACUCAAUGCAUUAGAGAGUCAUAAGGAAGAUUAGUCUUAUCAGUGCCAUAACGAGAAAUCAUUUAUUAAUGCAGCCCAACUGAAAGUGAAUUGUAAAUUUCAUAUCAAUGGGAAACUUUAUGUGAGUUCUGAAUGCAGAAAGGCCUUCGACAGUAGGUCAGAUUGUAAUAGACACAAAGUAACUCAUUCAAGAAACAGUUCUUACUGGAAUCCCAGGUGAGUUUGAGAGUUUAGAAAGCUCACCUCCAAGCUUACUGAUAUAAGUUGAGGUGGUGAGUGAGGGGGCAGUUGGGCAGAUUCUCUUCACUGAUGUCCAUUGGGUGGACCUCCCUGGUGAGGCAUUCUGGAUAGGAGACCUGGAUCAACAAGGACCACUUUUUUUUUUCACCUGUGGCCUGUCUUGUUAGGAGGAGCAAAAAUGGGUGAAGUUUUGAUGGUGAUGGUCUUGGUAAAGGAAUGCACCCACAACUAGUGGAUCAACCCCAAGAAAUGACUACAGGAGCCCCUAUGAUGUUCCAUUCUUGGAAAGGACUCAGAAGAUCAUGCUCAUUGAAAGCCUCCCACUUUUCCUUGAGGUCUCACAGGUCUAGUCUCUUGUACCCAGACUUCUCUGAUUAGCUUUGUAGAUGGCAGAGGGAAACCAGAAAAAGAGGCUGGCCCAAGGGCAUUCAAUGCCACACUGCUUUUAUGAAGGUGGUGGCUACCUUGGAUAAGUGUCCAACCUCUUGAUCCUCUCCAGGGCCUCUGGUAACACUAGACAUGAGCUCUGCUGCUCCUCUAGGGAGUAACUUGGAGUAAGCGUCUGUGUUGUCUAUAGAGUAGGAUCAGCCUUGGCCUGUGCUCAGACGGGCAGCACACGCAGGUCAGGUUGUAAUGCAAGUUCAGCAUUUGAUACUAGAACUAGACCAGAUUCUUUAACAUCCCUAGCAUCCACACGGAGGAUCCCACACCAUGUGUGCAUGCUCCCCUCCCCCACUGAGCCCCAGGUAUCCCCUAGUGGUUUCUACAACUCAUUGAUUCGUCUCCUGCAUAACCCAGCCUGGAUGUGGCCGACUGCAUGACCUCCUCAUCACAGUAGGCAUUCUCUGAGGGAAAACUUUAGGAUUCCCCUUAGUACUAAGUCCCCAGUAUCCAGCUUUGGGUGCCUGACCCAUACCUCCUCCAUGUCACCCAAGGAAGGGCAGAAUCAGAAAAGCAGGGUCUUGACCUUUCUGGUGACCAUAGGCCUUGUUUUUCCUGUGGAAUGAUGGACUGUGCUGGACUCACUUGCUAGCCAUAGCCUUUGUCUAAGCUGUAGGAUUGGACAUAGUCCUCCAGACCUGCUUUCGUCCGUGGGUGUGGGGCCUCAUCAGCCUAGGCCUCCUCACACCCUGAGCGUCUUACAGCUGUACAGAGAAGACAUAACUUCCUUUUUAAUUUUUUGAGGUAGUCUCACUCUAGCUCAGGCUGACCUGGAAUUCACUAUGUAGUCUCAGCCUCAAACUCACAGCAUUCCUCCUACCUACUCUUGAGUGCUGUGAUUACAGAUGUGCACCACCAUGCCCAGCUAAGUUUUUUUCCUUUUAUCAAAAUUAAAACUUACCAAUUCACACUGUCAAGAGAAUGAAAUGGUCAUCCACUGAACUGCAGAAACAUUUUAAAUCAUCAAUGUGAUAAAAGUCUAAUAUCCCACAUACAGAAAGAGCUCUUGUAGUUCAAAAUUAUUAAAAAAAACAAAAACACUACAAACUAUUGGGGGAAUAAAACA